UUCUGAUUCGGGGCUUUCUUGAAAAGCUCAGUAAAAAAAUAUAAGACCACAUCAGGUUUCAUGUGUCUCGUCGAGCGAGGAGUGAGCAAAAACGCGGCAAGCAGUACACACCUUCUUGAGCGUUCUAUGAUACUGAGUCUGUGGUAGGAGGCCGCAUUAUAUCCACCAGGUCUAUUGUGCUGUGGUAGGAGGCCGCAUUGCAUCCACCAGCUCUAUGGUUUCAGGGAAGGCCUGACACGUGAAGAGACCUGCUUACUCUCAGGAAGAGUCUUCUUGUACGUACGGGCUGUGAAGAGGAGGGUGAGGAACCAGAAGUAAAUCAUUCAGAAAUCGAUAACCACGAUGAAGCCCUGCGUCCUUUACAACGUCUUCUGCGUUUCUUGCCUCCGCUGUUUCUUCCUCUCCCUGUCCUUCCACCUACCGGUCGCAACGGUUUCUUCGAGAAAAACGGUGGGCGCCACGGGUUCUACACAGGAAAGAGACCACGACUGGCACCUGAUACGGAAGGAGCAGGGUAGUUCACAGCUACAUCAUGACGUCGCAGAAGAGCGAACUAGUAGGACCGGAACUUCGGCUUUUAAGCAUUCUGCAGGGUCUACACCGAACAGCAAUCACGCCGCGAAGGGGGUGAAUACUAGUAGCGCUCAUGCAACAACUACAAGGGCAUCGAGGGAGAAAAGAACGGAGCUGCAGCUUUCUCCAUUUGGUUCAAAACCGAAGCAAACACAAAACAACAAGAAAACCUUAGUCGUGACCACGGUGGAAACGGAGGAGGAAGCGAGAGCACUGGUGGACAAGGUGAGAAGGAAAAUUUUUACAAAAAACAUUCCUGUCGGGCAGGACUACAAUACGGCCGGAGCAGUGCUCCAUGAUCCGGGAACAAUUUCGCCUACGAGUUGCGUGACAGCAACCCUGCAAAGGAUCAAGAGCUUCUACCGGUGGAAAUCAGCUGUGAAAAAGAACGAGCCGGAGAUUCGGGUAACGUGGGAACUUACCACCGCAAGCACUGGAGUAAAAGAACCGCAGUUGUGUCGUGAUUUGUUUCUCGGCGAAAGUGAUAAUGAAGGUAGCACUCCAAUGAAUGAAAACGAUCCGGCACUGCAAUCGUUGGCUGUAAAAAACAAUAGAACUACCGCGGCAACAUCAGCGGCACCAACGAUUUUUCCAGUUGGUGAACGCGAUGAGCAGAGUACUAAAGCAACUACUGCUAAAAACGACAAGAUUCUAGCGGACCGAGACCGACUUGCAACCCUGAUCGCCGAACUGCAUCCCUAUGACACGCCGAUGAUCCUGACAGACGCGGCGGUGCAGGAUGAUGCUAUUAGCGCCGGGAAGAAAAGCGAACGCGCGGUGAGCCAGAUCACGGUGCGGUCAGCCAAUGGGCGAAACUUUUCAGAUCUAGCAGCAGAUCUGGUGGCGAUUAUGCCGGAAAAAGAACUCGGGCGCGAAUCAAGUUCGAUUGCCUCUGGGCGGACGAGUCGAGAUUUGCAUGAUGAUGGGACAGGAGGAGCAGGCUAGGGCUCCUGCAGAUUGAUAUACUACAACUCAUAAGCAUGAAUUUCUGUACCCGUUGUAAAAAAUUUGAUUCGCGACGAAAAAGUCCUGCCGUUCCAUACUGAAGAGACUGGCGGCGUGCGUGCAGAUCGUUGUGGAUGCCGCGGACAAAAAUGAGGACAAAGAAACCGCGUCCGCGCCGGUGAGCAAAAUGCUGAUCAAAACGAAAGCCAGUCUGGUUGCGCGGGUGUUGGAAGAGAUCCAGGCGGAGGAGAAGGAGAACCGGAAUCAUUCCGGCCACGUCGAUCAAGAUUCUGUUCUUGUAGAGGAAUAUGGCAUGGGCAACAUCUUGAGGUGGGUCGGCGACGGAUCAGCAUUGAAGGAGAAGUAGGCAUUUCAUCAUUUGAACUGCUUUCUAGAACGGCAAGAAACUUCUACCAUGCGUGUAGUUCUACUUCCUUGCCGUGCAUGACAAACUGCAUCCAUGCAUGUAAAGUCCCUUCGUGCCUCAAGCUGGUUUUAAUUUUUACAAGAAGAUGCGAGCGAAUCAGGCCUACGCGGAGUGGGUGCAGGUGGAGGUGAGUGACAACGGUUAAUUGUUUAGAUGUCCUCCUGUGGGGGCUCUGUUGCAAAGCCAUGCGAAUUUCAAACAAACAAAAUGAAAAACACGACAGACAACAAUUUUCUUUUCCCAGCACGAACACUUAUGUGAAGAGAAACAGGAUGGCAUCACGUCCACCAGCAACUUCAUGAACCAUGGUAGGCUAAUGGCAUUCGCAUUCUUCAGAAGCCACAGCCGUAAAAGCAGGUGUUGAGCACGGCAAGAGAACCAACAAUACAGGC